AUGUCUACUCGCAAGAGAAAGCAAGACGAAGAAGAGCUCGUCUCCCUUCCUUCUGACGAAGAAUCCGAGCCGGAAUUCGAGCCUGAUGAGGAUGAUGUUGAUGACGACGAAGAGGGAUCGGGUGACGAGGAGGCUUCUAAUGCUGAGGCCGAGGGAGACGAAGAAGAUGAAGAGGCAGAGAAUGAAGAAAACGGCCCUCCCGUGAAGAAGCGAAAGACGGCAAACGGCGUCGCCAAUGGCGGUGACGAAGAGGACGAGGUGGAAGAACAGGGCGAUGAAGAGGAACAGGAGGAAGAGGAGGAAGAGGCGGAGGAUGAUGGUGAUCAAGAUGAGGACGUUGAGGAGGAUGGAGCUGAGGAAGAGGGUGAGGAUGGCGCAAAUGGCGAAGAUGCUAGCCACCCCAUCCAGAACGGCCUGGCCGGUAAGGCUGGUGAAGCAUCCGAUCCUACUAGGUCUGGGCUCGAGGACACUGCCACGGAUGAGGAUAAAGUGAAGGCCGUGGCGGUAGCUCUGGGAGGCGAGGCAGAAGCAGAAGUUGAUGCAUAG